UAAUUGCCAAUUGGGACAUACACUAAAAAAAAGACAAUAGUUUGGGUUACAAAGAGAAAUUGGGGGAAAAUUAAAAUUGGAUUGCAAUUUGCAACACCUUAGUGGACUUAAAUUGGUUGUGUCUCUAUCAACUAUUGACUCCAAAACGCUGAAGUUGUUCAACCACUUAACCAACUAUUCCAUUUUCGUAUCUUAAAAAAAAAAAGCUACUUAGGAUCCUGUUCUUUUCUGAAAUCAUCCAAUUUCUUACUCUUCCAAAGAUACAAGGUUUUGUGGAUUGUAUUGUAUUACAAGUUUUUUGGUAGUGCUAGAGGAUGGGAACAAGUGAUUGUUGGCAUUGUGAGCAAAGAUCUAGCUUAAAAGAUGAUUCUCCUCUAUCAGUAGAUAAUGAAAAUGGAUCUGAAACUGGUUCACUCUCAAUUGUUGUGCUUGGUGCUUCUGGUGAUCUUGCUAAGAAGAAGACAUUUCCAGCACUUUUCAACUUGUACAAGCAGGGAUUCCUACUAGCUAAUGAAGUUUGUAUUUUUGGCUAUGCAAGAACAAAAAUCUCUGAUGAAGAAUUGAGAAACCGCAUACACGGCUAUCUUGUUAAGGCCAAAGAUGCUUCCCCUGAACAGUUGGAGAUUGUAUCGAAGUUUUUGCAUCUGAUCAAAUAUGUAAGUGGCUCUUAUGAUUCUGAGGACGAUUUCCGUUUGUUGGAUAAAGAGAUUUCCAAGCAUGAAUCUAUAACGAAUACUGCAGAGGGCUCUUCUCGGCGGCUUUUCUAUCUUGCACUUCCUCCUUCAGUAUAUCCAUCGGUUAGCAAGAUGAUCAAGACUAGUUGCAUGAAUAAAUCUGAUCUUGGUGGUUGGACACGUGUUGUUGUCGAGAAGCCUUUUGGUAAGGAUCUAGAAUCUGCAGAGCAACUCAGCACCCAGAUUGGAGGGUUGUUCGAAGAACCCCAAAUUUAUCGUAUUGAUCAUUAUCUGGGAAAGGAAUUGGUGCAGAAUAUGUUGGUACUUCGUUUUGCAAAUCGCUUGUUCUUGCCUCUAUGGAACCGAGACAACAUUGCUAACGUGCAGAUAGUUUUUAAAGAAGAUUUUGGAACUGAAGGCCGGGGUGGAUAUUUUGACCAGUACGGAAUUAUCCGGGAUAUAAUUCAAAACCAUCUGCUGCAGAUUUUUUGCUUGGUUGCUAUGGAAAAGCCUGUUUCUCUCAGUCCUGAGCACAUUCGGGAUGAGAAAGUGAAGGUUCUUGAAUCUGUACUUCCUAUUGAAGAUGAUGAUGUUGUUCUGGGACAAUAUGAAGGCUAUAGAGAUGAUCCAACCGUACCUGACCAUUCAAACACUCCGACUUUUGCAACUGUUAUUCUGCGAGUACACAACGAAAGAUGGGAAGGUGUUCCUUUCAUACUAAAAGCUGGGAAAGCCCUAGGUUCAAGAAAAGCAGACAUACGAGUUCAGUUCAAGGAUGUUCCUGGUGAUAUUUUCAAGUGUCAGAAGCAGGGUAGAAAUGAGUUUGUUAUACGCCUGCAACCUUCAGAAGCUAUGUACAUGAAGCUUACGGUCAAGCAACCUGGACUGGAGAUGGCAACGAUUCAAAGUGAACUAGAUUUGUCAUACAUACAACGAUACCAGGGUGUUACCAUUCCAGAGGCCUAUGAGCGUCUAAUUCUCGACACAAUUAGAGGUGAUCAGCAACAUUUUGUUCGCCGAGACGAGUUAAAGGCAUCAUGGGAGAUAUUUACACCACUUUUGCACAGAAUUGAUAAAGGAGAAUUCAAAUCAAUCCCUUACAAACCUGGAAGCAGAGGUCCCGCAGAAGCUGAUGAAUUGUUGGAAAAAGCUGGAUAUGUUCAAACACAUGGUUAUAUAUGGAUUCCUCCUACUUUGUAAAAGGAUCAGUGUUAUGCAUUGUACUAGCUUACACUGUAUGAGGAUUUUCAGUUGCUUAUACUCAAUAAGCUUGAGAAGAUUACCUUGGAAUGGAACUGUGAUUUUCUCAUAUAAUAAACAAGGCUGUUAUUAUAUUAAGCUUUCAAAAUAAAUGUCAAGUCGUUCACUGGUUUGUGUAACUUUAUUAUCUUUCUAUGAUUGAAAAAGAAAUGGAAAGUAAAGUUCAUUCCUUUUAUGUAUAGUUUCUCUCCAUUUUUGCUUUGAUUGUAAAAACAAGCAAUACACAAACUCUUAUCAAAUAAGUUCUUAAUUGAACUGUUUUACCAUGUA